CUCUCAGAGAGAAGCUGUGAAGCUCUGUCCUCAGUUCUCUGCUCCCAGUCCUCUAGUCUGAGACACCUGGACCUGAGUAACAAUGACCUGCAGGAUUCAUGGGUGAAGCUCCUGUCUGCUGGACUGAAGAGUCCACACUGUAGACUGGAGACUCUCAGGCUGUCAGGAUGUCUGAUCACAGAGGAAGGCUGUGCUUCUCUGGCCUCAGCUCUGAGCUCCAACCCCUCCCAUCUGAGAGAGCUGGACCUGAGCUACAAUCAUCCAGGAGACUCAGGAGUGAAGCUGCUGUCUGCUGGACUGAAGUAUCCACACUGGACACUGGACACCCUCAGCCAUAUCGACACAAACACAGUAAACAGAGAGAUCAAACUGUCUGACAACAACAGGAAGGUGACACGUGUGGAGGAGGAUCAGUCAUAUCCUGAUCAUCCAGACAGAUUUGACCAGUGUUCUCAGCUGCUGUGUAGUAAUGGGCUGACUGGUCGCUGUUACUGGGAAGUCGAGUGGAGAGGAAUGGUUGAUAUAUCAGUGAGUUACAGAGGAAUCAGAAGGAAAGGAGGCAGAGAAAACUGUUUGUUUGGAGAGAAUCAGUCCUGGAGUCUGAGCUGCUCUGACCUUGGUUACUCUGUUUGGCACAAUAACAGAAAGACGUCUGUCUCCUCCUCCUCCUCUUCAUCAUCUUCCUCUGUCUCUCACAGAGUAGCAGUGUAUGUGGACUGUCCUGCUGGCUCUCUGUCCUUCUACAGAGUCUCCUCUGACUCACUGAUCCACCUCUACACCUUCAACACCACAUUCACUGAACCUCUGUAUCCUGGGUUUGGGUUUGAGCUCUGGUGGUUUGGUUCCUCAGUGUCUCUGUUGGAGUACUACGGAGAGGGAUUGAAGAUACCAGCUAAAACAUAG